UGCAUUCUAACCUCAACCUCAUUGACAGUUCAUGGCAAUCUUCAAUCAAUUGAAGGAACUUGGGAGAGGCUUUCCCAGGUUGCUGUCAAGGGUGCUGAGUACAACACCUGUGAAUGCCAGCCCCAUCCAAAAUGUCUAAAAGGGACUCAGGUAGAUCUCCUUGACUACAUUUAUGGGUUCUUAGACAAGAAAGAGAAGAAUUGACUUAUAUGGCUGCAUGGCAUGGUGGGCAUUGGAAAGUCUGCUGUUGUGUUCACUGUAGCUGAAAAGAUGAGAGGUCUGAAAAUGACAGAAGAGACGAAGAUAGAAAAACAGCUUGGGGGAACAUUCUUUUUCUUGUGCAAGCACAUAAAAUGCUGCACCACUGGCUAUUUCUUUGCAAUGCUUGCCUACCAGCUUGCCAGUAAUUUUCCCAGUGUCUGGGAGGAUGUGAACAGAGCCAUCAUUGAAAAUCCUGCCCUUCUAGAUCCUGACAAGUCUCUUUGGGAUCAGAUGGAGGUGUUGUUUCUCUGACCUCUCUGGAAGCUUUUUCUCAGACUUUGUGACUGUCUGCCUUUGAUGUUUGUUAUUGAUGCCCUUGAUGAAUGCACACCUGAAUCACUCGGAUCUGAAUCCUUUGAUGAACCUACCUCUGAAAAUGAGCUUGCUGAUCUGAUCUCCCUGCUUGGUGAAGCUCUUUAUGAACCUGAUCUGCCCAUCGUCCACAUUCUGCUCAUGAGUCACUCAAAAGAGCAUAUCCACAAAGCUGUG